CGAAGCAACUGCUCCUUCUCAGCUGAGCAACUGGAACACCGUAGGGGUUCCUUCCCGGCGCUGUCCACCGGCGUUGCUCACGGCAACGGGCGAAUGCAUCCUCAGAACAUCGUACAUAACACAGCAAACACCUCGGUCCUCAAGAGGCUCACGUCUUCAAAACCAUUCCAACGCCUUUCUGGAUUUGCCACUGGUGUCUUCAAGACGUGGGCCCCUCGCCUAUACAACUAUUGCGAGGAGCAUUUUACUGAUUUGCUCUCAAGCGAUGGGCUGCUGACUCGCAUAUUCGACAACAGCGUCCUUCCUGCCGCUGCAUUUAACUUUGGACCGCGGACUGUCUGCCUUCCCCACGUGGAUUUCGGUAACCUACCAUUCAACCUCUGUUGGAUAUGGGUGUUGGGUUGGUACAACUGGAAAAAGGGAGGGCAUAUGAUUUUGUGGGAUCUCAAAAUCGUCGUUGAAUUUCCACCUGGAUCUCUCAUGGCCAUACCAUCUGGCGUUUGCCGUCACUCUAAUACACAUAUAGGUAGGAGUGAAAUUUGUUACUCAUUCACACAGUAUGCGCCUGGUGGUAAUUUCCGCUGGGUCGACCACGGGUUUCAGAGCGAAGAGGAU